AUGUCGAACAGUCGCGUAGAGCACAAGAGAAGGCAGGCGUGCCAACGGGUGGGAUUGGUGUGGCUUGUUGUAAAUGAACUGCAUCACCGAAAGAAACACUUGCAGCGAACAUCUUCAACUCCGUUUGAUCUCAAGGCCCAUAACAGUGUCGUUGCGCAAAAUGGCAAAAUAUCCACGCGACACAACGAAAACAUUCCUGGUUCAAGUCUUUCACCACGUUAUUUCUUGUGGCACAAUAUAAUGGGUAAGAGCGCUCGCCCGGGAUUACUUAAGUGUGAUCUUCAGCGACAUGUAAUUGAAAAAAGGAUGAAACAUCUGAGGAUCAGCUGGCGGCAACAAGUUCCAUUUACCUCGUCGUUGGCAUCAGGAGUUCAUAGCAUGGAUGUGGAUCCCGUUGAUAACCGAUACUUGUUGUGUGGUGCAGCCCGUGGUGAAAUAUCUAUUGUGGACUUGGAAAGGCCGUUCCCAAUCGAUGACCGGAAUCGGGUUGAACAUGCCAUCACCCCAUGUCACUCAGAAUGUUUACAUGGAUCAUUGAUAACGUGCUGUCAGUGGUAUCCUCAGGACACAAGUACAUUUGUAUCGUCAGAUAGAGUUGGAAAAGUGAAGCUAUGGGAUGCUAAUAAAUCUGAAGUCGUAGAUGAAUAUUUCUUCAAUCAUGAAAUAACUGAAAUGCAUUGGUGUAAUGCUUUUAUGCGAAAUCCACUGAUAGCCGUAGCAAAUUUAACCUCAAAUAUCGUUCUUAUUGAUCCGAGAGUUGGUGACUCGUCACAGAGUUUAAGGUGGCCAGAUGAGCGGGUUUCAUCAGUGAGAUGGUCUUUAGAAAACGGAAACAUUUUAACUUCUGGUUGUGUUCGUGGAAAGAUUGCGGUUUGGGACGUUAGAAGUUCGAGAAGCCAUUUAAUGACUGUGACGCCUUCUAGCCAGUUUUCAUGUCACUGUAAAGAUUCUGGUGCUGAAUGUAUUAGCGGUUUGAGAUUUUCGAAAGAUGGCUUGUACCUAGUUUCACUGUCACUAAAUCAUACUUUCACUGUUUGGAGAGCUCAUACAAUGGAAAUAAUCAACCGUGUUUGGUUGCCUCAGGAAUAUACUACCAAAAUUGCUCCAUCUAUUCGUUUCGACAUCUGUUCGGAUGAUGGAGUAUUACGAACUUGCACUCCUGUGGGUGAUGAGGUUCUUAUUUUAACUCUGGAUAAGCAGGAUCAGGAAAAUUUUCGCGUCCUUCUUGUGGGUCAUUUUCAACGAGUUAACGCAUGUGUAUAUCGCCAAAAGUAUAAUCAGGUUAUCAGUUCGGGAAAUGAUCGCAUGAUACAUAUUUGGAGUCCAGAUAUGGACGAGCAGCUCCCAGAUCGACAGUUGGAAAAAGUUUCGAAAUUGCAAGAAGAUCAUUGGAGUGAUGAAGAAGGAGUACCAGGACCCAGUCAUAUGUAA